CGAUCUUUUUUGUUCUCUCGCCCCCUCCCCCUUCUCCCUUCGUCGCACGCCGGCCGAUAUCGGGUGCGGCUGGCGACAAGAACGCACGCCGACCGCCGCUUGGGCACCGAACGUUUGAUUCAUUCACUUUCGGAAGUGUCUCUACGGAGCAGUUUCCGUACAGGCCACGCUGCGUCGCCACGUCGGUGGUCGACACUGUGUGCCGAUGCCCGAAGAGCAGCUGUCGCUGCUUUUUGGCUACCGUCCAAGCUCCUUUCCGGGAUUUCCGAUCGGCGAUCGGCGAGGACUAAUUGGCCAUCUCAGAACAACGCCGGCGGGUGCGAAAAUUGUGUCAUGUCAUCGGCCGUGUUCGCAGUGUGAGGUUUGAAUAGCCGUUCGGCCCGGCUCUGCCGGUGGCUGGUACGCCGUUGACACCGCUUCGUGGCACGAGACAGACACCACGGCCGCAUGGACAAGGCUAGCGCCGCGGAAGUGUCCCAGCCAAGUGCCGCCCAGACAGCAGCGAGAAGCGACCACAUAGCGUCCGCCGACGCCAGUGCCAAGCCUUCGACGACUGCGGACGACCAAGCACAGAGCCAUCAUGACCUCCUCCCGAAGACAGUGGACCCCGCUGCGACGCGGAGCGCCGCAAACGGACAUUCAGCGACUCAGGAACCGGCGAAGCCUCGUGAAGGCGGCGUCGCGCCAGCAAGGGAGGCCGGAGGCGAAUCUGAGCGCACGGCGCCGGUGCCCUCAGUGAGCGACGCCGGAGGUGGCGACAAGCCUGCGCCUCCCGCUAAGAGUCAACCCCCUCCAUCGGACGAGAAGCAGCCGUCCGGCGCCGCCCCGAGCACAUAUCCCGAGCCAGAGAGAAUCUCCACCGAAGUGCCAGAAAAGAAGCCUGUGAUGGAGGACAAGACAGAACGAACGGGACCAGAAAAGGAAUCACGUGAGGUGCCUCCGUCGGCCCCGGCGGCCGAUCGAGACGGUGCAGUGCCUUCGCAAGAGAAAGAGGAGCAACAGCGACCCGAGAGUGAUAGCAGCGUCGCCAAGAAACCUGCCAAAGAAGUUGAAGCAGCGAAAGACGGCGGCUCGAAGGGCGCGUCCACGCAAACCGACCAAGAGCCCCAAGGAAUGGCGGAAGAGAAGCCCGGUGCCAAAACUGCCGACGCCGUCGCCUCUCCGACAGCAGUUGCAACUCGGGAAGAAAAGCGACUGGUGGAAGCUAGAAGCGAAGCUUCGGAAACGGCUCCCAGCGAAUUGACAAAAGUAACUUGGAGCGCUGCAGAGGCAGGCGAAGGCAAAGCGGAGAAUGGGAAGCCAUCUCACGGGGUGGCGGUGUUGCCCCAGGAGACGUGUAAAUCUGUCGCGGACGCCGGCACUAAAGUUCCGCAGGAACACGCGAGUCCCGGAGGGGACGGCGCGAGUUUACAGCCCUCCGCGAACGGCGCUGGAGACGCUAAACAGCCCACACCUGACGACACGAGGCCAAAAUCUUCCAUUCCGCCGCCGCCAGUGUACGAGGCGCCAUCGCGGACUGGCUCGGCAAAGGAUGAACCGAAACAAGCCGAGGAGGACAAGCAAAAGACAAAAAUGGCCGAACAACCGGCGGAAACGAUAAAAGGGAACGGACCCGUGGAGGAAGCGAGGCUGCAAGAAGUGACCGAAUCAAUUAUGCCAGCUACGGCGUGCCACACUGGCACGACUGACAUGGUGCACCCCGACGCGAUACGGAAGGAGUCCGCGCCCAAGGACGCGUAUUCCAGCAGCGCCGCGCUAGACGACCUGUUAGACGAGGAAGCAAUCAGGGCGCAGUUGUACCCCGCCGAGGUCGAGGGCUUGGCUCCACCGAAAGGGGAAGAAGCGAAAGAACCGGAAGCCAGCAAACCGCAGCCUGUCGCUAAAGAGACCGAGAAGAGCGCCGCGAGCGGCCUUCCGAGCUCUGGUGAAACAAAACUCGAACCGGGUGCCAAAACUCCGCAGCCGGACGUCGAGCGCGAGGAAGCCCAUGACCAAUCGCGGGAUGUUCUCGACGCCGAUGUGAAAGCAGGCGAGCGGGCAGAACCACCAGGAGUGCAAGUUCCCGAGAAAGAAACGGCUGUACCUAGCGAAGAGGUCAACAAAGAAGAGAAGCCCGAGAAAGUUGCGGCAGAAGUACCUCCCUCCGCUCCUACUACAAAACAAGCAGAAGAACCCGAAAAAGUAGAGAAACCAGCUGACAAAGUCGAAAAAGCCGAUGAGCUCGAGAAGCAAGUGGACACGACGCCAAGUGUAAAGACUGAAGGUCCUCCACAGGAAAGCAAGGUCGCCGAAACGGCUCCGCUGGAGGAUAGUGCAGAACGAGAGGACGAGAAGGCGAAAGCUGCCGCCAGUCCUAACAAGCAAGAGGAAAAAACUGAAGAAAAGGCCGAGCGUGUCGCCAAGGAAGAUGACGCCAAAGAGGUUGCGCCUCCCGACGCGACGCAGAAACCCAGCGAGCCUUCACCGGCUAAGGGAGAAACCACGCAAGUUCGCGACGUCACCGCAGAGAGUGACAAGCCGUCAAAGGAAGCGGAGCGCACCCACGAUGACGACGCAGCAAAAGAUACGUCCAAAGCCGCGGCUUCUCCUGAACCGGGUGUCGGUAAGGAAGAACCGUCACAGGCAACCGAGGAAACCUUGGCGAAAGAAAAAGAAGCGAAUCAGAACGUGCCAAAGGAGGGAGAGGGGGGAGCAGAGGAACUCGACGUCCAAGAGCUCCCUCCUCAAGAGCCAGGAAAGCCAGACAAAAUUAAAACAAACGAAGAAACUGCGGCGCCGCCAAAACUUUCAGACGCUGUUGCAGAGCCAGAGAACAAAGAAAUAGUAAGUAAAUCUGCAGAAGAGCCGUCGAAGGCGCCACGCGGCGACUCUGAAGUGUCCGGCGCUCCAGAACCGGUUACUCAAGAAGAAGCCCCCACCGCAGUUGAGCCCCAGGAAAGCGUUUCAGAAGUAACCAAAGACAAAGCGGAAGCGUCCGAGGAAGAAAUCGUAAAGACGGAUGAAGUCCCCGUUACUACAGCAGUCGAAGAAGAAGCAGCCCAGCCAGAGCCUACAGACGAAGCCACACCAGAAAAGGUAGAAGACGAAGCACCUGAGUCUGGCGACAAGGCAAGUGAAGAAGCAACAACAAAGGUUGAAGCUGCUCAAAAAGAAGCUGAGGAGCCUGGCAGUGACAUGCCAGUGCGUGCGGACGAGACCGCGGAACAGGCGUCUGAAGACCAAGGUGGUGAAGAAGCCGCCACUGCGGCCGACGCUGAGCCAGAGGCUGGAGACGAAAGCAAGAAAGCUUCCGAGGCUGCCGAAGAAAAUGAAAAGCCGACGGCCGAAACAGUGUCCGAGGAAAAGACCGAAGAGGCCACCGACGGGGCAGCUCCUUCCGAACUUGAACCUACGCCACCUGCGGAAGCAGUGAAAAAGAAAACCGGCUUGCCAAAGUCGCCGUCCAAGCGCGCGACGGGCAAAGGUCCGCCCAGGACUCUUGACAAAAAAGAGACUUCCGCAGCAGCAGAUGCAAAGGCAAAGACGCCCAGCUCUCCCAAGAAGCCCAGCAGCAUUCACGAAAAAGGCGGACCGUCGCCUAAGAAGACUGCGCCCACCAAGAAUGGCGUCACCUCCCCGUCGAAGACUGCGCGGACACCUGGCUCCGAGCAGAAAAAACUACCUCCGAUCAAGGCUCCUGUGGGCCAGGCACCCAAACCCGACCUGAAGAACGUGCGCUCCAAGAUCGGCUCGCUGGACAACAUCAAGCACAAGCCUAAGGGCGGAGAAGUCAAGGUGACGACGCAAAAGCUGGAGUGGCGGGCCGCGCCCAAGGUGGGCUCCUUGGACAACGCGGCGCACAAGCCUGGAGGCGGAGACAAGAAGAUCCUCUCGCAAAAGCUUGACUUCAAGGCGCAGUCAAAGGUCGGGUCACUGGACAACGUCGACCACAAGCCGACCGGUGGCCAAGUCAAGGUGGAGACCCAGAAGCUGGACUUCAAGGACAAGGCGUCGUCCAAGGUUGGCUCCUUGGACAACGUCAAGCACAAAGCGGGCGGCGGCAACGUAAAGAUCUUGUCCGAGAAGCUCGAGUUCAAGGAAAGGGCAGCUUCGAAGAUUGGCUCCUUACCAGCCUCGGAUGCCGGAAGCACACGAGGCUCGGAAUCGCUAAGUCCCACAAACCUGACCAGUCCCCUCCCGGCGCAGUCGCAGCAGAGCCAGGAAGACGACGUUGCGGCGGCAGCCAAUGGCCACGAGUCGGACAUCUCUCCCACCAAGGAUGAAGUGGCAGCGCCAUCCAGUGGAGUCCCUGCGACGGCGCCGCCCCCCGAAGUGGCCCAGUGUUGAUCCGCCACCGAGUGACCCGCAGGGGGAGACUAUGUAGCCCGCGCGGAAAUUGCUCGUGGCCACGGAAGCUAGCGGUUUUCCCAUCUGUACCAUUGUUCGCUGAAGAGGCGUGCCGUCAUUUGCCAAAGCCCUUCUGCCAGGUGAUACUCCUCGUUGCAGAGGUUAGGGAUAGCAGCUACUCGCACGCGAAUGCAUGGGACGAACCCGACGACAGGCUGCACUUUUUCUGGCGUCGAGCAGAGCCAUUGUCUGUCAGUGCGUUGCAGGAACUAAUCGAAUUGCGUAAGAAAAUGGUCGCGACGACGUUUUUCCCAGUGAUAAAGAAUGGUGUUACAAGUGCUGCUGAAGAGCACGCACAGUUGAAGGUCAUACUGAAAGUGAGUGAACGUCGGAAAUGUGAUUGAAGAAAUCACAUUGGCAGAGAAUAUAUUGUUCGACUCGAUGAAAGUGAGAGAAACGAGGCAUUGAAAGAACGACCGCCUACCGGGACUGAUGGCUGUAGGCCAUGAGGCUGCAGUGCAACCUUUCGAGAAGUCUGCAAAAUUCGGCUGGCCUUCAGUGUGUAGGUGAGAACGAAGGCGGAUUACUGCAUAGAGAUUGCGCAUGUAACGUAUACGUCCUACGCGCAGCACGUCGCUACAUUGAAUGAUAACCUCUGUGAGAAUAAACGUGGCAGUGUAUCUAGGGAAGAUGCCCCGAAAAUAACUUUCGAACUCACAAGAAUGGGCUUUAUAGCAGUCGCAUAGUAAAAAACUGUGUAAUGCAGGACCAGGAAGGAUUUCAAGGCUUGCGAGGAUUCCAAAACGUUAUCUCUCGAAACAAAAGCGUAGGGGCUACAACAAGCAUGCAUUGUUCGUAUGUGUAGCCAUGAUGAUUUCGAGUUCUCGAAGCGUUAAUCCGCCUAGAGAACCCUAUUUUUUUUAAUCGCUGCAUUCGCACAACCCGGCUUCUUGUGAUGCUUAGACUAGCAAAUUCACUGGGAACAAAACAACUACGCGAAGAAUGGUAACGUGACCAUGCGCGAACGAACAGUGAGACAAGUAAGAAACUGCCUAGAACGUGUGGCCACGAGCAUUUCUGGAUAAGCAACUGGAUGCUGGACAUAGCCGAACUGACAAGCGCCAUUCUAUAUAACAAAGUACACCAUUUUUUCCCCGUCUCCAUGAGUCAGAUAAGCGGUACUAAUUUCUCGUAUUUAUAUAUAGGAAACAUAACUUCGUGUUCCAUGUAUGUCAAGGGCUUAAACACCUUUUCCCCCCACUGCUUCCACAUGCGUUCUUCUUUCUCUUCCUACUGUAUUUCCGUGAAUAGUUCUGUAUUUAUCUGAUUUUCAAGGUGCACAACCUUUUUAAGGUGCCGUAAUGUUAAAAGGUGGUCUGACUUGUAUACUGGAGAAUUGAAAAGAAGCGCUAUGCUGUUUCACCUCCUCUUGAUGAUAUAACAGUACACUCGGAUCACGGUGAGUUGGCAUACUAUUAGCAGGAAACGAUGCCGGCACUCCUAGCGUGUACUACGGCGUAAUUUGCCGAGAGGCGCUUCGUAUGAAAUGAGUGUCUCAUGCUAUAGUUUCAGACUUUCAGUAAUUUUCAAGGGCUUGACACCUCACGUGGUUCCUCGUAUCCCCUAAUAAAUGCAACGUAUCCUCUGGAUACCCGCUUACUUGAACGGUUACUCGUUUCCACGAAGCAUAUUACUAAUGUGUCGUACUUUCCUAUUGCAGCCCCCUGCCCCCAGACCCUACAGACUCCCUUCCCUACAAAUUCUGUGUAACUGUGACGUAGGUAGUCGUUACCGAAAUACCAUAGUCACAGUAACUUGUCUAGGGCAAUGUAAACCACUCGUUGGCACUCUGGAGAUGGAGAAGGCGCUACUGCGACGGCUACAGCGGCAAGAUGGUCUGUUGGUGAUACCGUCAGGUCGUCGUCCCGUGUGACAGCAGAAGUUUGUGUGUUAAGUUAUGACGCCACAUGUAGGGAACUCGGGACGUAAAAGAUGCAGCACAAGUUGUCCUGCCUUUCUUUUUUUCUCGUCUUUGUUCUCUUUUGGAGCACUAACAUACCGUAACAGAUGUUGUACUGUGACUGCCUUUCUAUGAUAGCUUAUACCGGUACUCGCUUAAGCGCCCGUUGGUUAUCCAGGGUUCAAACGCCGCCCGUGAGCCCGCUUUGUUUUCCCGUGGCUCGUCGAGUGGCAACCCCGACCCCGUAGCCUUUCGUCUUUUCGUUUAGACGUGUCGGAAGGCAGGGCGUGCGCUGCUUCAGACUUUUCGGAAAAAGUGCGAGGCGCUCGCUCGUUUGUUCACAGUGGUAAGCGAUACUUUUGACGAGAGAUCGGUUGCAAAUCGAGUCGGUCUCUCGGCUGAUACGUUUUGCGAAAAGAGUGCCUGUGUAAGUCUAGCUGACCGCUGUGGCUUGCUCUGUAAAGGACGUGCUAGAGGAUUUUUUGAGGCAUAGAAGACUGCGUCGUUGUCGCUAGGAAACAAAUAUUGUGAAUGUGUACAUGGGCAUUAACCAACCUAGCACUAAGCAUGCUAUUUUCUCUGUUUAUUUUCGUAACGCGCACUUUUUCCCCCCUAGGUGUGAUAAUAAGAGAGAUUAUUUGACGGCUACGCUGCUAUCUAUACUUCACGCGUGCGUUUAGCGUGAUGAUCUAUCUGUUGAGAGCUUUAGUGCAAUGGCCGUUCCUGCUGAACAUGGCGAGGGUCGCCAAACAUUAUCGAGUUACUACUAUAUUUUAAGGUGUCCUUCGGUUGACAGAACACACUAAAAGGCACUUCACUCCCCGUAAUAUGUCGCCCUUCAGUCUCUCGUCACUGUAAGAGCAGCAACCGAGUGCUGCUCCAACACCAGACUCGACAAACAAAUCUCUUUCGCAAAAAAAGAAAAAAAAAUGCCGCACCUCGCUCUAACGUCGCGACCGUGCUCCCACCUCUUGCCACGCGUACGCGACAAACGCGCUGACACAACGCGGCUCUAAGCAAAUGGCAGAGGUAACUCUUGGUGCGACGCUCGCUUUCGACGUCAAAGCGCGGUCGUCGAUUCCCAUCACGCUUGCGUUUCCCUUAUGCUUAUGCGGCCUGUUCUACCAGUUGCGACUCUAUUGUAUCACCUCCUUGACGUUUUUAUGACGUCACUAUUUGGCGCCACGUGUCGCAAUUGAAGAGAGCUGCACGAAUUCACUUGUAAAUAUAAGAACCACUGGUGAAUAUUUUAGGGCGUACAGCUUGGAAGCAUCUACCCGGAGUAUAUUAUGGGCUCCUCCUCCUGCUCGCAAAAGAAAAUGUUCCCCCUCAUCCAGGUCACAAUCGCAAGCGCGCCUGGAUGCUGCGACGCUGCCUAAAUUGUCUGCCACUAUCAGAAUAUUGCAAAUGUAACCAGCGUGACUCUUUCCUGUUGAAGUGUGCGAUCUGGCGGUCUGCUAAGUUGCGAAGCCUGCCCUUCUGUUUGUGUCUUGUGUGAUGUCAAAAAAAAAAAAGAAAGGCUGCAUUGUUGGUGAUUUCUCCGCAGCACAGCUACACGCUUAUAUGUCGUGGCUGUUCCAAAAUCGAGCUACAUUCCUUUGGCCGUAUCAUUAAGCAUGUUGGUUCUCGGAGAGCAGCGGGCACGUUUUGCCAUUCUUGUAAACGGUUCUGCGACUAGGUGAAAGUGAAACGAAUGGUAAUUGUAAUGGAAAAGGAUCACGAAUCCCACCGAGCAAGAUGGACAACAUUAUGAACAUUGCCCUGCUCAGUCGUUUAAUUUCGAUGAUCUGCUUAAAAGCUUCUAGUGUCGCAAAAGAUGCGGCAACAGCGAGCAAUAGAAUGAGCUGAAAAGGCGAUUGCCAUAUUGUAUUUCUUGUUAAAAUUGAAACCAAUGCUUCAAUUCUGCGUCGGCUGGCGAAGUGCUGCCUGCAUGAUAAUUAUUUCACGUAGUUGUUUGCAUCUGUAGCUUUGCAGUCACACUACAAAACUAAGCUGUCCAGGGCAGUAUUCAUAAUGUAAUACUCUUUGCACGAUGGGCUUCGAGUUGUUUCUGUUUGUACAAGAAGGCUAUGCCCUUUUGUGUCAUGUGCUUUGCAACGUGUGGAACAGCGAAGGCAAUGUAUUGAAGUGACAGCAUACCCAUACUAUACAUAUACAUAUAGAGUCUGCCCCUCAGCGGAGUUCAUGUGCCAUUUUGUACCAAAUUUUUUAUAAGAAUUGUGCACAGUGCACUGUAGUAUGCUUCCCCUGCGUUCACUUGGGCACGACAGUACUGUUGUUGACAAGGUUGCGUUUUAUUCAUGUAUAGCUUAAUAUAUUUGCAAAUAAAUGUAUUUCAGGGUAAUACGUAGUUUACGCAUGCUGUCGACUGUCUCUUCGGUGACGUCAAAGCAUUAGCUAAAUUCCAAGAAACAAACAUGCUUGAUAUACAUUUUUUAAAUAGCCAAAUGUAGCAUUAACUUCACUGUGCCUAACUACCGACCAACUUUAGUAAUAUGUUUAUUUAUUUCAUUUAAUAACUACAGAGAGUCUAUACAUGCCCUGAUUGAAAACGAUUGUUGCAUGCAUUAUCGCUGUCACAUGUUUGCUUGCUUUUAACACAAGAUGAAAGCAGCACGGAUAAGUGACAAGCGCAUUUGUUCAUUUACGUUCUCAGGAAUGGAGUGUUGUUGCAAGAAUCUUUGUGCUGGUUCACUGUCGCCAAGAUUUGCCGCAGUUCGAAAGCGAGAAGUGCAAAUGGACGAAAACUGCCAAGAUACAAUAAAGCACGUAAUACAAAACGAUAAUGAAUAUCAGAUUGAUGCUACUUGCAGUCCCCGACAACCCUAUAUAAGAUGUUUUUCGCCCCUGCUUUGUAACUUGGCGCCCCAACAGCGUGGUCUAAUAUUAACACAAGUAAAGGCAGUGAAGCUACUCUUCAGUUUGGCCCCUGUCUCGUUUCACAGCGUGUUUUCUUCUUUUGAUUUGCCACUCGGGCUCUCUUGUGAUGAUCGGGUCGUUUUUGAAUUUGAUGGCAUGCUAUGCAUUGUUUGCCAAAUCGAACGUGUUGGUACACCACCACUCUACCUGCUUCUAAACGGGAACUGUAUUUUGUAGGCCCAAUAAACCAUAGGCAUUAACCGAUCCCUGCGAA